AUGGUGAUGUCCCAGGGCACCUACACCUUCCUCACCUGCUUCGCGGGCUUCUGGCUCAUCUGGGGGCUCAUCGUGCUGCUGUGCUGCUUCUGCAGCUACCUGCGGCGCCGGGUGAAGCGGCAGCAGGAAGAGCGGCUGCGGGAGCAGAGCCUGCGUGCGCUGGAGCUGGAGCCGCUGCACUACGAGGGUUACGGGGGCAGCCCCCCCGGCAUCGCCAUUCCCCACCGCCUCCGCCUCGAGCCCCACCAUCAUCACCCUCACCACAUCCCACCCCCCCGGCCCUGGAGCUGUCGGCACGAGUCAGACCUGUCAAAGCCGCCGUGUUACGAGGAAGCCCUUCUGAUGGCGGAGCCCCCGCCGCCGUACAGCGAGGUGCUGAUGGACACGCGGGGGCUCUACCGCAAAAUCAACGCCCCUUUCCUGAGCCACGAGCGGCUGGAGAAGCAGGAGCAGCCCCCGAGCUACAAACCCCUUUUCCUGGACGCCAGUUACGGUUCGGCACUGCACCUGCCCCGCUCGGCCAGCCCCGGCCAUGCCUGCCCGGACCUCUACCUGCAGGCAGAGUGCUCACCCCGCAUGUUUCCCAGCUGGACGGACUCGGAGCUCAGCAGCAGGGACACCUACGAACCGGGACCCUGGCACCUCCCAGUCUCCAUGCCCCUCUUCGGGAGGACUACCGCUGUCUAA